GAAAAAUAGAAAUGUAAGAGAACUUCCUCAAUCUGAUAAGACUUUAUGCAAAACCCAUAGCUUGCAUCAUACUUAAUGGUAAGAGACUAAAUGCUUUUCUACUAGGACUCAGAACAAGGCUAAUAUAUCUUCUCUUAGUACACCUCGUCCACUCCAGCCAAUGCAAAAAGUCAAGGAAAAGAAAUAAAAGGCAUAUAUUUGGAGGAAAACAUAAAGUCAUCUCUCUUUGCAGAUGACAUAGUUAUAUACAUAGAAAAAUCACAGGAUCAAUACUUCCUUUCUCUUCAGCCAUCACUCGUCAUGGUUGUCUAACAUCUUGUUCUGUUAGAUUUUAAAGGUAGUUGGAAGAGGUGGUUUGUUAAGGAGUCUAAGGAUGAUCGGUCUCAUUUUAUAUUCAUGGCCUUUAAUCUUGAGUGAGUCUUUGAUGCUGCUGCAGGGUCCUGUUCAUUUCUUGGUAUAUUCAGUCUCCUAGAAAACUGUAUCACAAUUGCUCCCUUCUUACCUCUUUUUCCUUGCUUUUUAUUUCAUUGAUAGGAACAUUUUAAAAACUAUCUUUCUCAUGUUUUAUUUACCAAAUCUAUCAACCUGCCUGCAUCUAUAUUGGUGGACUCUAUCUUUGCUCCUGAUCAAAAUGGGUGAUCAUUUAAAGUCAUGAUCCACAUUCUUAUUUAAGGUCAGUUUCCUCACAUUGUGCACUGAUCCCAUCUCUGCACCCCUACUCAAGGAUCUCAUUUCUGAAGUCUCUUUUUUCUCCUGCUUUAUCAGCUUUUUCCUCUACUGGAUUGUUCUUUUCAGCAUGUGUUGAUAUUUCCCUAUAUCUCCCUCUAGCUGCUGCACAAUGUCUCUGUUCCCUUUUACAGCAAAACUCUUCAAAAGAUGUGUUUAUGGUUACUUUCUCCACCUCUUCUAUUCUUUUCUGAAUCUACUCCAUUCAGGCUUUCAACAUUACCACUCCACCACUCCACUGAAGGCAACCUUGUCAAGAUUACAAAAGUCCUCCAUGUUGCCAAAUGCCAAAAUGUUGAUUUUUUAGUCCACAUCUUACUUGACAUGACAGCAGCAUUUGGCACAAUUGAUCAUCCUUCUGGAAGCAGUUUUUCCAGCUGGCCCCCGGGAUAACAUCUCUUGGCUCUUCUGUCUCACUGGCUGCUGCUUUUAAGGCUUCUUUGCUAAUUCUUCCUUUUCCUGAUUGUAUUAACUGUGUUUCAGUGCUUUGACAUUUGGGGCCUUGCUGACCCUGGAGAGACUGCCCAUCCCAGGAAUAGUCCAUUCCUAGAGAUAGUAGAGAACUUACCUGCUAGCUUUGCUGGGAGCCACCUUUCAUAGGUCUCAUCAGAAAAUUGAAGACUCUGAAGAAAGCAGUGAUGAAAUUCUUGCGCGUCUAACAUCUGCGGUGCAGAGAGAGCUAGCAGCUGUGAUUGCUUUGAAAGCAAGGAAGUCUGCAAUUGAACAAGAUGAAGAAAACAAUGACAAACAUGUAGCUGUAACAGAAGCCGAAAGUGUUCCAGAUUCUCAGGCAGGGGUGAUGUGCAAGCUUCAAGAAAGAGAUGAAAUCGGACGAAUCGAACUAGUUCAGAAGCUGGCAAGAGAAAACUAUCAGUUUUUGCAGACGGACAAAAAAGAACAGGAGAAGUCUGAACACCAAGAUGAUGAAGUGACGACUGUUCAGGUUAAAGAGCAAGACCAGAGCGUCCUGGUGCUGAAGAAAGUGCAGUGCUGUGGCCCAGCCCCCACAGCUGGGAGUGCGGAGAGCCAUUGGAGAUAUGUGGUGGUGUCCGGGACCCCGGAGAAGAUUUUGGAGCACCUUUUGAAUGACUUGCACCUGGAAGAAGUCCAGGACAAAGAAACAGAGACCCUCCUGGAUGACUUCCUUCUCACGUACACUGUCUUCAUGACAACUGAUGACUUGUGCCAGGCUCUGUUAAGGCACUAUUCCGCUAAGAAGUAUCAAGGCAAAGAGGAAAACUCAGAUGUUCCGCGUAGGAAACGUAAAGUCUUGCAUCUUGUUUCCCAGUGGAUUGCUCUGUACAAAGACUGGUUACAUGAAGAUGAACAUUCAAAAAUGUUUUUAAAGACCAUAUAUAGGAAUGUACUGGAUGAUGUUUAUGAAUAUCCAAUACUUGAAAAAGAAUUGAAAGAAUUUCAAAAGAUACUUGGAAUGCACCGUCGUCACACUGUGGAUGAAUAUUCACCACAAAAAAAGAAUAAAGCCCUUUUCCACCAAUUCAGUCUUAAGGAGAACUGGCUCCAGCAUAGAGGAACUGUGACUGAAACAGAGGAAAUUUUCUGCCACGUGUAUAUAACAGAGCACUCCUAUGUCAGUGUGAAGGCAAAAGUUUCCAGUACAGCCCAAGAGAUCCUAAAAUUCGUCGCAGAAAAGAUCCAGUAUGCUGAAGAGGAUCUGGCUCUGGUGGCCAUCACAUUCUCUGGAGGAAAGCAUGAACUUCAGCCGAAUGACUUAGUCAUCUCCAAAUCCCUCGAGGCAUCUGAUCGGAUAUAUGUCUAUCGGAAAGACCUGGCGGACACUUUGAACCCGUUUGCAGAAAAUGAGGAAUCACAGCAAAGGUCGAUGAGGAUUUUGGGAAUGAACACUUGGGAUCUUGCUCUGGAAUUAAUGAAUUUUGAUUGGAGUCUAUUCAAUUCAAUUCACGAGCAAGAGCUGAUCUACUUCACAUUCAGCAGACAGGGAAGUGGGGAACACACUGCAAACCUCAGCCUUCUGCUCCAGAGAUGCAAUGAGGUCCAGCUCUGGGUGGCCACGGAGAUUCUGCUCUGCAGCCAGCUGGGCAAGCGAGUGCAGCUGGUGAAAAAAUUCAUCAAAAUUGCGGCUCACUGCAAAGCCCAGAGAAACCUGAAUUCUUUCUUUGCCAUCGUGAUGGGUCUCAACACUGCUUCUGUCAGUCGACUGUCACAGACCUGGGAGAAAAUCCCUGGGAAGUUUAAGAAACUUUUCUCUGAACUUGAAAGUUUAACAGAUCCUUCCCUAAAUCACAAAGCCUACAGAGAUGCAUUCAAAAAGAUGAAGCCACCAAAAAUCCCUUUCAUGCCCUUAUUGCUUAAAGAUGUAACAUUUAUUCAUGAAGGAAAUAAAACGUUUUUGGAUAAUCUUGUCAAUUUUGAAAAGCUGCAUAUGAUCGCAGACACUGUCCGAACCCUGAGACACUGCAGGACUAACCAGUUUGGUGACCUGUGUCCAAAAGAGCAUCAAGAGUUAAAGUCCUAUGUUAAUCACCUAUAUGUCAUUGACAGCCAGCAGGCCCUGUUCGAGCUCUCACACAGGAUCGAGCCUCGGGUGUGAGCCCCACUGCCUCACCUCCCCUGUGUCUGCAGCACUUUGAGCUACGGGAAUGUCUAUGCCAAGCACGUUGCUUUCCUGUGAGAAAAGAAGUUGCUGAGUUUUAUCAGUAUAACCCAAGACAUUCACAGGAAAGCCAGCCAAAGCGUGUUCAGGAAGUGAUGUCAGCCACCAGAGAGGGGGAGAGGCCUCUCCAUGCUACUCUCGAGACAAGAAGGCAGAAGGAGAGUCAGAAGCAUUCUUGAGAUGGAGAAGGCUGGUUUCUUACGAUCACAUUGUUGAUCCAGUCCAGUUUUCAGUAUGAGAUGUGCCAGCAUCAAGACAAGACAACGACAUCUUGACAUGCAAUGACCGAAUAUUUCAUUAAGAGCAUGCAUGGAACAGGAAGGAGUUUUACUUUGCCUAGUUUUAGAUUACUAUCCAUAAGCUGUCAAAGAAGUCAUUCUUUUGAACACCUGAUGACAGAGACAGCAUCCCUAGAUCUCCAGGGAGGAGAGGUUUCUGUUGAUACAACGUAUGAUAUCACCAAAAGCCACUUGUGUCUAGGGAGUUAGUGAGGACUGUAGCUAGCAUUCAUGCUCUGCUGGGCAGAUGAACAAUGUCAAGGUGUGCAUCACUUUGCACCACAAUCAACUAUUGACACAUGCUUGCAAGUGAAAUUAGUUUCUGUACAACUGAUUUGCAGCUAUAGGCAAGGUAGAUGAAGUUGCUUUGCCAGUAAGGAAAAAUAGUAAUCUUCAAGAGAUUGACUCAUUGUUUAAUUCCUGGGGAUUUUCUUCACACUUGUAAGCAGGCUCUUAUCUUUUAUUGGACAUAAUAUGAUUUUGAAAAAGCACAGUGCCUGACACAUUGUAGACACUCACUAACUGCUUACUGAGGUGACAGAGUCACAAAAGUCUGCAUUCUUGUGCCUGAUGAUGCAUUUUGCAUACCUCAUACAGGCUCCUUGCCCACACUAUGGAAUGACAGCAGCCAGCACAGGGAGGUUAAGUGACAUUUAAUGAGUGAAGCACUUAGCAUUCUCUAGGUAAUAAGAUAGCGGUAAUUACCAGUGUUUUGGCAAAUGAAAAAUACCCUGAAAUAGCCAAGUGUCUGAUUGAUGUUGGUGACUUAGAAGUCCUAUAGUCCACCUACCAGCCAAAGCAGGGAGCCUUUCUAUAAUUUGCCUUUUUUUUCCCCAAAAUCUGAGUCUUCUGAAAUCUUUUUUUAUUCCCAUUUUUACCAAUUGAGGCUCCUUCAGCAAAUAAGACCUCUUGAUAUUUUCAAGGACUGGGUAGAGGAUUUCUUUCAACCUUCACAUGAACAAAACAGCCUAUGGGUCAAAAUAAUGAAAGCCACCCCUGCCUGCUAGAUACUUGUCACCUUGCUAAAAUGCAAGGGCCUGGUCCAUUCAUUUUCCAAAUGCAGGAGUCUUGGUGCAUUUCUCACUCUUCCUGCCUGUUCAUCUCUUUCAUGCCCACACAGACCUGUUUCCUUUUUGUCUCAUCAACACCUCAUUCAUCCUCAUUAAUGAGGCAUGUCCAAUGCUUUUUGACAUCUUUAUAGCAGUGCUGUUUCCUGGGCUCAGGAACCACACUGAGCGUGAGAUAGUGCUGGAAGGAACCAUGUGGAGAGAAGGUUUGAGAGGACUUUGAGAGAGACUUAGUUCGGCCCAGCAUGUAAAACUUCAGUCCUGAACAUUUACGGGGUUUUAUAGACGGGCAUCCUCCAGGGCUGGUCCCUUCAGAGAAAUGCUGCAUGCUGCUGGUCAUGGAAUGUGGCCCACAGGAGGACACCAGAGCCAUGAGAACCGGACAGCAGACUUCCCUCACAGCUGGGCUGAGCAAACCCUCCAAAGCCCUCCUCACACAGUUACUAGCGAUAGCAUGGGCUUACAGCACAAGCACGUGUGCUCACCUUUUUCCCAUGCACUGGACUAAGGUUUGGCCAGUGUAAUCAUAAUAAGGCCAUCCUGACAUUGUUUCUGUGUUUCACAGUUCAGAUUUUUAUUUACAUUAGAACCACAUUGCUCCUAGGAGAACAUUACCUUUAGGGGACUAAUUUUCCAUGGAGAACUAUUUCAGCAUUUUGCGGGCUGCUUAGACCCCAAGUUAGAUAUGCACACCGAGCCAGAUGAAGCUACACAAAUGUUGUGUUUAAA